GCCCCACAGAAUCCCAGUAAAGAAGAGGGAAGUUAGGGUGAAGAGGAAACUGAGGUGAUGAAAAACGAAUUUCCAAGUCAUAAGCACCAGAGAGCCGCCUCCAUAGCGCAGUCUUGCUGCGCCGUCCAGCCCGACGGGAGCUCAGCCAUCCUCCACCGGUGUGGGCCGCGGAACGGCUCUAGCCCCGCCCCCUGCCGCGGGACGCGCCGGGAGAGGCGCGGGUUCCCCCGCCCGCUCAAAGAGGGAGAAGGAAAUACUGUCUGGUGUGGUGGUCCUCUCCAGUAAGGAUUCCGUCCAGCACCAGGGAGUGUCCUUGACCAUGGAAGGGACUGUGAACCUGCAACUCAGUGCCAAGAGUGUGGGCGUGUUUGAAGCUUUCUACAAUUCCGUGAAGCCAAUUCAGAUUAUCAACAGCACCAUAGAAAUGGUGAAGCCAGGAAAGUUUCCCAGUGGCAAGACAGAAAUUCCUUUUGAAUUCCCUCUGCAUGUGAAGGGCAACAAAGUUCUGUAUGAGACUUACCACGGCGUGUUCGUCAACAUCCAGUAUACGCUGCGCUGUGACAUGAGGCGGUCGCUGUUGGCAAAGGACUUGACCAAGACCUGCGAGUUCAUCGUCCACUCAGCUCCACAGAGAGGGAAGCUGACCCCGAGUCCUGUGGACUUCACCAUCACGCCGGAGACCUUACAGAAUGUCAAGGAGAGAGCAUUGCUUCCCAAAUUCCUCAUUCGAGGCCACCUCAACUCCACCAACUGUACAAUCACACAGCCACUGACGGGCGAGCUGGUGGUAGAGCACUCGGAUGCUGCUAUCCGGAGCAUUGAGCUGCAGCUGGUCCGCGUGGAGACGUGCGGGUGUGCAGAAGGCUACGCCCGCGACGCUACAGAGAUUCAGAACAUUCAGAUUGCUGAUGGUGAUGUCUGCCGGGGCCUCUCGGUGCCAAUUCACAUGGUCUUCCCCAGGCUGUUCACCUGCCCCACGCUGGAGACUACCAACUUCAAAGUGGAGUUUGAGGUCAACAUUGUAGUGCUGCUUCACGCUGAUCACCUCAUCACUGAGAAUUUCCCGCUGAAGCUCUGCCGCAUGUAGCCCAGGAGCAGGGAAAGCACACGGCCAGAGGGGUGGCUUGCCCGACUGCCAGGGAGCCGAGGCCAGCAGCACAUACUGUUUCUGUGAUUGUUCUGUAUCAGAAAUGAACCGACUUCCUUCUGUCCCCUUGAGGCUGCUGCUUUGCACAGGCACCUGCUGAGACUGCCUGUGGGAGGUGCCAGCAGACUGCUUGUGCUGGCUCCCCAAACCAUGUUGCUCUUAGCUCCAGGAAAGCAGUUUGUCUGCAGCUUGAGUUUUGCUGGAAAGGGACAUCCUAGGGACAGGAGAGAAGCCCCUCUGAAUGCUGAUGGCAGAGGGUCUGGUCUGGCCAAGUCACAUGAAGGGUGCUGGCCUUGUACAGUUACUUGUGAGGUGAAGGUUGCUGUCCAGGGAGGCAUGCCCAGUGCACCCACUAGAAAUGUGGAGCUUUUCUCCUCUAUUCUGAAGUUCUCUACAGCAUUUUUCAUUGUUAUGUCCCCUUUUUAGGGGCCUGGAGUAGAAACAUUCUGUGCUUUCACAGGCCCAAGGGGGUUUGGCACCAGUGGCCGGAAUUGGAUGUUUGCAGGCUCCAGAACUGGCUCACACUCUCAUGCUGCCGUAUUCCCAGAGGAGACUGUGUUUCCACUCUUGUUCCAGGGUGGUGCUGAAUGGCAGCAGCCUCUGCAAAGGGCAGGUGGUAAAGGUGCCUCUCCAUGGGAGGUACCAGCUGUGCCCUUGGCCUGCUGGGCUUGGGCUGCCCCGACCCACCCAAGGGACUGAACUUCCAGCCAGGCUUUUCCUCAGCCUUGUACCCUAGCUGAUGGACUAUGGUGAGUCUGUGCUCUAGGUUUCCUCCUUGGGUCCUGCCCUCAUCGAGAUGCCAGUAGAGCCCUGCUACCUGCUGGGCACACCAGCCUGCCCUCUAGAGGUGCUGCUCAUGCCAGGCUGGCUCAUGCUGAAGGCUUCAAGUUAUCCCCAUGGCCCUACAGCACCCUGCUCAACUUCGCUGGGGGGUUCACCAGUGACACCGCAAGUCUGAGCUGAGUCAUCUGAGAACUGGCUCUCCGAAAAUACGUUUCUGGCUUGUAAAUCUUUUAUACUCACCCGACUGCCAUAAUUCUCUGUCCUUGGUGAUGUCUUUAAACACAGAAGUCAGAACAAAGAGGCCAUGUUUUGUGGGAGAUUUGUAAAGAAAUCAUUUUUAAUGAAAUAAAGUUUUACUCUAAAACGUAAAUGAAAUUUUGAGAAAAGUCUUGGAAUGUACAUAUUGUGCACUUUAGAUAAACCUGGUGAGGAAUAAUUAUUACCUAAAGUGACAGCUUAGCUACCUUUGUGCUUUCAUUCACUCCCAAGCAGCCAGGUAAGGGAUAGAGCUGGCCACCCCCCUCCACUUCACCUGACAUCUCCACACCUGUUAUUAUUGCAAAGCUCAGGUGUUUGCUGUCUGGGACAGUGGCUGCCCUUGCUGGCUAGAGCUGGUCGUAGCCAUUGGCCCAGCCUCAGGAGUUACCAGAGUCUCCAUUUGACCAAGAGGAACUAGGAGAAGAAGGAAAGAAAGCUAUGAACUGUGAAUCCAAACAGUAUUGUUCUGGAAUUGCCUUUUAGAGGAGGAACACAUUUUUGUAAUUACUUAAAGAGAAACGGGGCCUAGCUCUACUUAGCUCUUAGCUGCAUUGUGGGUUGUGGGUAAAGGUAAGGCCGCCCGUUAGAGAUGACAUGUUAAAAAGAGCCAGAGCCCUGGGCCUGACCUCACCUAACAUAGGCCUCUCCUCACCCAGGGCCUGUGUCCUGACCUUGGCAGCCUAGCUGGUUCUGCCAUCCCAUAAGUCAUGGUGUGAGUCUGAAUUUCCCUGUAAAAAGGCAAGGAGCAAACAACCUCAACAUGCUGGCAGUGUCACAGCACUGCUCAGAUUGCCAGUGGUGUCCCCAACAUUCCACUGUACAGUUGGGGCUAGAUAUUGCAGAACCUACAACUGUGGUUUCAGACUAAUGUCCUAAAUGCCUCUGCAAUAGCCCUGGUCAUGCAACAGCAUGGAGUCAUGUGACAGCACCAAACAAGUGAGAGUAUGGCCUCAUCUGUACCAUAGUGUCCCUAGCAGAACAUGCGUAGCACAAAAGUGGCGAGAGAAAGGUUUCCAUGCAGCAGAGCCACCAGAUGGUGGGCCCCAGUUCUACUGUAUGUCAGUGUAAUAGCCCAGGUCCAUAGUCCACACUGCCCCAGGGCUAUGUCAGGGCAGGAGUCCCCAGGUUUCAACCCUGCCCAUCCUGUCAUACAUGUACUCAUGGGCUGCUGUGGACUUCAGGCACCUGAAGACGAGUCAGCAGGAAAGGGAGGACAGGACUUGUUCAGUAACAAGUCUCGUAAGUUGUAGUUACCCACUUGACCUCCUAAUUCCUGUAAAGAAAUUACAAAGAAGUAGGCACCAGAGUCCUGUUCUUGAUGGGUCCCAAGUAGAGCCCUAAACCCUUCUCAUUGGCUUACGAAGAAUUCAUUGCCCUUCCUCCAUACACCACUGUAAGGGGGUCUCGAGUUCCCUUUUAGUCUGAGCCACUACACUCUCAAGCAGAGGAUUAGGAGAUGCUCCCUACCAUAUGUAACUUUUCUGGCUCUACUGUCUGAGCUGUCUUUUUGGAUGAUCCAUCUCCUAGAGUGCUACCUUGGUGAAUUACCCUUUUCAUUGUCCCUGCUGUGAUAACUGCAAUCCUGAGGUAGUUCCAGAACAAACCCUUUGGGUUUUAGAAGGUUUCCAUCCCAGGCUUCUAUUUUGUUGCAGUUAUCCUGUCAAUACUUCCAUCAUAGCAGCUGGGGAGAUGGCUGAGUAGAAUAAGCACUUCCCUGGCAAGCGCAAGGGCUGAAUUUAAUCCCUGGUUCCA